AUGGCUCGUCUAAGUUUCUCCACAAAGAGAAGACUACUUGUCACCAUAAAUGCAUUGCUUGCCUACCUUCGAGUACUAUUUGCUGUAUGUGCUGCCGGUUAUGCCUAUGUCAACUUAGCUGUAAAGAAACACCAUCAACCAAGUCGACCCUUAGCCAUAAGAGUCUAUAAACAAGUAGAGUACUUGUAUACACUAGUUUAUUGGAGUGAUGCUAUAUGUAUCGACCAACUACGAAUGGAUAGACAAUCAUUUCAUAAGUUGUGUCAAAUUCUUAUCAAUAAAGGCCAAUUAAGAUCAACCCGAAAUGUGUCUAUAGAGGAGAUGGUAGCAAUGUUCUUAAAUAUUCUUGCACACCACAAGAAGAAUCGUAGCAUAGCCUUGUAUUUUACUAGGUCAGGGCGAACUGUUAGUAAAUACUUUCAUGAGUGUUUGAAAGCCAUGAUUCGAUGCCGAAAAGACUUCUGGAAAACACCUGAACCUGUACUUGAGGACUCAACAGACAAUAGGUGGAAAUGGUUUAAGAAUUGCUUAGGAGCAUUAGAUGGAACACAUAUUAGGGUGAAAGUGCCAGAACGAGACAAGCCAAGAUAUAGAACAAGGAAAUGUGAGAUAGCAACCAAUGUUUUAGGGGUUUGCUCUCAAGACUUGAUGUUUAUAUAUGUUUUACCGGGAUGGGAGGGUUCUGCACAUGAUGCUCGUGUUCUUAGAGAUGCUGUGAGUAGGAGAAAUGGAUUAAAAGUUCCUAAUGGUUGUUACUAUUUAGUAGACGCUGGCUACACCAAUGGAAAUGGCUUUCUUGCACCUUUUAGAGGACAGCGUUAUCAUCUAAAUGAUUGGAGAGAUGGAUACCGACCUGAGACGGCAGAGGAAUUCUUUAACAUGAAACAUUCAAGUGCUCGGAAUGUUAUUGAGAGGAGUUUUGGUUUACUGAAAAUGCGUUGGGCAAUUCUUAGGAGUCCAUCAUUUUAUGAUAUUACAACACAACGUCGUAUAAUAUCUGUGUGUUGCAUGCUCCAUAAUUUUAUUAGAAGAGAGAUGGCUAUAGAUCCUAUAGAAGAAGCAUUCGAUAAUCAGCCGGUAGCUGCAGUUGAGAACUUGGAAGAUGAUGACUAUGUUAAUAUAGUUGAGACCUCAAAUGAGUGGACAAUGUGGAGACAAAACCUUGCAAAUGAAAUGUGGGAUAUAUGGCGUGCAAAUAGGACAUAA